AUUCCAAAAGUGUUUUAAAUGAAGUGAGGAAGUAUAUGGAAAGAUCAGAAUUAGAUGAUGUGAACGCAUUGGAUGAUCAAGAUGAUGUACAUAGUAACAUAAGUAAAAAGGCGAUGUGGAAUUCUUCCAAUCUGAUGAUCGCAAUUUUUGGAUACAGUCGGGGUAUAGCACUUCUUGAUUAUGGUUGUUAUUGUGGAUUCGGGGGUGCAGGUACACCAGUAGAUGGUAUAGAUCGGUGCUGUCAAGUUCAUGACAAAUGCUAUGGGGAUGAAGACAGCUGGUGGUGCCGGACUAAAUGGACACAUUAUAAUUACAAGAUUUUGAAUAUGAGGACAGUUCACUGCAAAGAUAGUUAUGGUUCCUGUAAAUACAGAGUUUGUAGAUGUGACAAGUUGUUUAUAGAUUGUCUACAUAGAAACACAUACAACCCAGCAAACUAUAACAUCUGUUAAUGUAUUGAUCAAAUACUGUAAACCAGAUAAU